GACGCACCUCGCAGCCCAAGGUCACCAGCUGAACAGGAUGACGCACCAGUUCCCGGCUCUGUCCGAGGCUCAGAAGAAGGAGCUUCAUGAGACGGCUCUGCGCAUCGUGGCCCCGGGGAAGGGCAUCCUGGCUGCAGACGAGUCUGUGGGCAGCUUGGCCAAGCGCCUGGCGCAGGUGGGGGUGGAGAACACGGAGGAGAACCGCAGACAGUACCGUCAGAUCCUCUUCAGCGCGGACGACCGCAUCAACAGCUGCAUAGGAGGCGUCAUCUUCUUCCACGAGACCCUGUACCAGCACUCGGACAGCGGCGUGCACUUCGUCAAGAUGAUCCGGGACAAGGGCAUCAUGGUGGGCAUCAAGGUGGACAAAGGUGUCGUGCCACUGGCGGGAACCUCCGGAGAAACUACCACUCAAGGUCUGGACGGGCUGUCAGAGCGUUGUGCCCAGUACAAACGGGACGGCGCGGUCUUUGCCAAGUGGCGCUGCGUCCUGAAGAUCAGCGACGUGAACCCGUCCAAACUGGCCAUCGCAGAAAACGCCAGCGUCCUGGCUCGCUACUCCAGCAUCUGCCAGCAGCACGGCAUCGUGCCCAUCAUUGAGCCCGAGAUCCUGCCGGAUGGAGAUCACGAUCUGAGGCGCUGCCAGUUUGUCACGGAGAAGGUGCUGACUGCCAUCUACAAAGCCAUGUCCGACCACCACGUGUACCUGGAAGGGACUCUGCUCAAGCCCAACAUGGUGACCCCAGGACACAGCUGCCCCACGAAGUACAGCCCAGAGGACGUCGCCAUGGCAACCGUCACUGCCCUCAGACGCACCGUCCCUCCAGCAGUGACUGGGGUGGCUUUCCUCUCCGGAGGUCAGAGCGAGGAGGAAGCUUCCAUCCACCUGAACGCCAUCAACAACUGCCCCCUAGCCAAACCCUGGACCCUGACCUUCUCCUUCGGCCGAGCCCUGCAGGCGUCGGCGCUCCGGGCCUGGAGAGGACACAAGGAGAACGAGAAGAGCGCCACGGAGCAGUUCAUCAAGAGAGCAGAGGUCAACAGCCUGGCCUGUCGGGGGAAGUACACCGGCGGCGACGACCACGCUGGCCACGGCGUCUACGGCUCCUGUUAUUCAUACUGAGACGUCCAGUGAAACAUCAUCCGCCCCUUCUCCCCAUGAAGCAGAACAAAGAGUUAGGAAGAAACACAGUGACAAUGAGGGAGAAUACAAUGUUGUGUGUAACAAUAAUUCAGAUUUAUUCAUGUUUUAGCUUGGUGAUUCCAUAAUAGUUGUGAUCCUGACCUAGUUAUGCAUAAAAAGUUGAAGGAAAAGUUGAAGUUUAAGGAUUAUUCCUGUGUACGUUUAGAAACGGAUCUUAUGUUUUCGCUAUUAGAAUGGCGGAUUUCAGUUAAAGUUAAAGUUACGUUUUCCUCAUAGCACUUUGCUUUGAAAGCAUUUAGAAAAAAUAACAUCAAUUUUGGGAGGAAAUUUUGUUCAUAAUGUUGAUGUCAGCAAUUUAAGGUUAAUAAAGGUUCCCAGUGUCUC